UAUUAUAAUACUUUAAGAAAUUUACUUAUGAAAAUUGAAAAUUUAGAUGUAGAAGUAGUAGAAACCAUCUUAGAUGAAUGCACGAACACAAAAACGAACAUUGAAGAUAUAAAUACAAAUGUAGUGCAAAGAUUACAUAACGAUAUUCUUUCGCGUGUAAAUGGGGACUUAUUAUCGCGUUUUAAAACUUUACUCGAAUCCAAUAAGAGUGUUCGAAAGACUGUACGUGUCACCCAGAUACGUACGAUUAGAUCACCGGAGUUGAGUCCUGCAGAAGAUCAAUUUAAGACUACAUCAGAAGAAAAUGAGCAUCUUAAGACAGAAAGUACAGUGUGCGAAACAAGAUCGACAAGCUUUAAUGGAAGUCAACCAGAUAAAAACCUACGGUAUAAAUUGUAUCCAAUAGAUAAUUUAUCGAAACCAUGUUCUGCAUUGUCUAGAAGUAGAUUUCCGGAAGUUUAUUUAAAUAUACGAAGGCUGGAGGAAGGACUUAUACAUGAUAAUUAUACGCAUAUUAUGUCAAUUCUGAAUGGAGUACGAAACGAAGAACAGUCAAGUUUCACUAAAGCCACGUAUCAAAUACUAUGUAAUCAAAUUAAAUAUUCUCCAUAUAAGUUGACUAAAAUAGCAACAACCGCAGUCCAGACGGGUGGGACAGCUACCUUUUACGAGAUACUGGCAGAAGUUACUAUACUUACUUUGGCUAAUUUAGCCAAAGAAAAACUUUGGGUACUGGCGUAUAGGCUAAUGAAAGAUUUUCGAAUCAUUUUCGAAUCUAAAAUGGAAAUGUACAAAUUAAAUGCUGCAACCGUGUUGCUUUUUGCGGAGAUAUAUUUAGAGAAUAAGAAAGCUUUCGAUGCUUUCACUUUGGUUAAACGAACCAAUAUCAUUUACAGUAAUCGGCACAGAUGGAAGGUACAAAGUGUUAAGGACGAUAGCUCGACUAGAGUAGAAAUAAUAAAGCUUUUAUUAAAUACAUUUUGCGAAACGCAUCCGCAUCAUGGUCUUGCACUUUUCGAUUUAAUAGCUGAAGAUCAGAGUAAAAAUUUUAUUCCAAUUGGUAAGAAAUUCGUUUUUGCACUGGAUUAUAUAAUGUAACAUUUAUUAAUAAGUUCCAUAUUUACAUACAUAUAUAACAAGUGUAAACGAAUAAAGACACGACGUUAUUUACAGA